GUUUAACGAGGCAAUGUUUUUCUCGCACUAGUAUGAGGAGACCAAGCCAGCGAGCGGUUCUGAGUUGCGGCUCAAAUCCCUGUCAACUGACGGCGAAAAAGCUGAAAACAUCUGCAGCGCUUUGUCAAAAACAAUUCUGGUGUAGCAGCAGCGACGAAGAAGCAAGCUUUUCUGUCGGCGUCGUUUGUUUAUCUUCAUAGAGUCGUCGGGUUGGAGUUUGCCUGAAAAUCUCUCAGCUGUCCGUGGAUUAACAACACAAAACUCGGGACUCCAAAGCGCUGUGAUAUAAGUGUUAAUUGUCAAAAUUGUGGAUUAUGCUCCUGCUUCACGUGUGAUUAUCUGCGUUUUUGGAUGUUGCUUGUUCUCCAGUUUGUGGGUAACUUAAAGUCGAAAUUCAGUUAAGUCCGGACAAGACCCAGCGGACACUUGUUGAAAUAACAGUUUAUAACCGAGCAAACAUUUGCUAACGUCAGUAGCGAGAUUUAGCUAAAGAGGCUUACAACUUUCUCCAAUACCACGCUAUUUUUUUUUUUUUUAAAGCCACAACAGGCUCUUGAUACAUGCCGUUUUAAUGUUAAACGGAGUCGAGUGUCGACAAGUUGGCAAAGUGCGUUUGUCACAAUUGUUGAGACGGCACUGACAGCAGCUUAGCUAACUUGGCUAGCUGCAGCUGUUCCUCGGCUCUCCGUUCACCUCCAGCGUUAUCUGUUAGCAUUGACAGCUAACGUCAAGUUAACACUCAAACAAGUGGUUCGCUGGAAAUGUGUCAAUAUGAAGUUAUAUUGUGCCAUUCACUUAUUUUAAUCAGCACGUCCGUCUCAGCCAAAGUUGUUCGAGUUAACUUGCAAACACAUAUAAUUUGAAAAGACUUUGUUUAGUCCGCUUUAUAUGUAUAAAAGAGCAACUUUUAUGAACGGGGAGCCUCAACGUUAGCUUAGCUACGUUAGCUUAGAUAGAGUACCGUAACCCUGAUUGUUGACUGAUUUAGCUUUAGCCAACCGGUAAUGUGUGCUAUGUUUUAAAACACUGAUGGGUUCACUACAACGCUCACUGAGAGGCUUUGACAAAUAGACUCCCUGCACCGUCUUCCACUUCCCCCUGAAGUUGUAAAACUGCGGCCCGCACGAUGUCCGGCUCCCCGGGCACUGGUGGCUCAAACCCCAGGAAGUUCAGCGAAAAGAUAGCGCUGCACAACCAGAAGCAAGCAGAGGAGACGCGGGCCUUUGAACAGCUGAUGACAGACCUCACUGUUUCAAGGGUGCAGUUUCAGAAGAUCCAGCAGCUUCGUUUGUCUCAGUCGCGGGCGCAGUACUAUGGAGGCUCCUUGCCUAACGUCAAUCAGAUCGGCAACACCAGCACUGAAUUUCAGGGUGGCUUUCCGUCAGGAUUGGACUCGGUCAGAGGGACGCGCCACCAUGGGCUGGUCGAGAGGGUUCACAGGGAACGCAACCGCAUCAACUCCCCCCAUCGCCGACCCAUCGACAAGCAUGGACGGCAGAUAGAGAGCUCUCCGUAUGGAGCAGUGUACCUGUCCCCGCCUCUGGACAACAACUGGAGAAGGGAACAGCAGCCAUGGACUGAGGAAAAACGGCCUGGGUUUAGAUUAAUAUCACAACUCAACAGAACCAACUCAGACUCUGCUCUCCAUACAAGCGCUAUGAACCCAAACCCUCAGGACCCCUUUGGCAUGAACCAGCAGAUGGGUCGAGGCCCCCCCCAGCGCAAUGGCUGGCAUGCAGCUAGUGUAAAUGAGGCAGAUGUGGACGGCUCUGGAAAUGUCUUCUCCUUCCCCUCCCUGCCUAACGAUGAGAAUCUAAUAGGCGUCAGUAAGCCCCUUCCCAAGCAGCUGUGGGAGGCCAAGAAGGUCCAGUCUCUGGCCUCAAGGCCUAAAUCAUGUGAAGUGCCUGGAAUCAAUAUAUUCCCAUCUCCGGAGCAGAACCCAGGUCUGUCCCACUACCAGGGCUUGUUAAAUACCGGCGGCUCCCUGCCCGACCUCAGCAACCUGCACUUCCCGUCACCCCUGUCCACCCCGCUGGACCCUGAUGACAAUGGAGGAUACCCGAACCUCAGUGGGGGCAGCAGCACCGGAAAUCUGCCAGCUGCCAUGAUGCAUCUAGGCAUCGGCAGCAACUCACAGGGUCUCUCUUCUUCUCUGAGCAAUCCCUCAAUUCAGGCUUCCCUCAACAACUGCCAGCUGCAGUCGUCACUCAGCAAUCCCUCCAUCAACUCAUCCCUGCGUCUGUCCAACAACUCCCCCCGGAGACGGCCCGCUCCCAUCAGCCCCCUCACCCUGUCUCCUGGCCCUGAGCAGCGCAGGGGUCUGGCCAAGCAACUGUCUCCCACCAUGUCCCCUUCGCUGUCCCCCAUCACACAGGGAGUUGCUUUGGAUACCAGCAACAUGCCAAGAGAGCCGCCCCCACCCUAUCCGCUCUACCAACAAUCACAGCAUGGAGUGGACCAGGGCCGGCAACGCCAACAGCAACAUCAACAGCAACACCAACACCAGCAGCAACACCAGCAGCAGCAGCAACAGCAGCAGCAACAGCAGCAGCAACAGCAGCAACAACAACAACAACAACAACAGCCUGUUUCCCCCCUUCAGAGCAUCCCAAUGGACUUCAACACGAGCCAACACAACAACAUGGCGACACUCUUCAGCGACACCUUCAUGGACCCCCAGUUCUCCAAUCGCCAGAGCAAGACCCUCCCCUAUCAGUUGGACCAGUUCUCUUUGUUGGAAAACGCAUUGAGCUCCACAGCGGGGGGGUCCUGCUUCGACCCUUCCUCUUCUUCCUCCUUGCUCUACUACUCCCAGGCUGCCCUCUCUGGGCUGGGUGGCAGCCAUGGCAGCCUGCAGGACUCCAUGCACAUGAGGUCCAACAUGCUGUACUCCAACUGCAGUGGAGGACUGCCCAACAUCAUACUCACUGAUGACUCCAACCCCAGUCUGUCAAAGGACAUCAGCAGUGCACUUUCCACAGUGCCUGAAUGUUUUGACUCAGAGGGAGGCUUCCCGUUGGAGGACGAGCUGCGCAUCGAGCCCCUCAGCCUGGACGGUCUGAGCAUGCUCAGUGAUCCUGACAUGGUGCUGCCGGACCCAUCUGUGGAGGAUACUUUCCGCAGUGACAGACUCUAAACAUAAAGAGUGUCAGAGGUUUCAAGAAAGAGAACAUAUACACAUGGAUUUGCAGUGUAUAGAGUGUACAAAUCUGAUUAUGCAUGCAAACAAUCUCUACAGGGCCACUGUGCAUGCAUCCACUGCCACUAAGAUUCAUUAAAUGUGAAAGACACGAACACAACGUGCAAGGUCAUGAACCAACGCUUUUUAACGAGGAGACUUGUGAACAAACACUGUUUACACGUGCUUCAUGCAAAGUUAAGUUAGUAUUUCUCAAGAAGUUAUUUUAAAUGAGGUUUAUCGAUGCAGUUUGGGGUUUAAAAUCAGCACUGGGAGCAGAAGCAGGUCCCGCUCUGAGGGUCUGCACCUCGUCAAGAUCGCUUCUCAUCCCUCGAACCAAAAAGACUCAGAUGACCCCUUGAGACGAUCCAGCGAGGAGCCGGAAUAAAAAAAACUCUCGCUUUUUUCUCUCAUCACAAGCCCCCCCCAAAGCCAUGGCAACCUCAUCGCCAUGGUUACACACCAUAGCAACCGCAUCGCCACGCCGAAGAGCAGCAGAGAUGCCUCUUGAACAAUCCUGGUAGAAAUGAAGAUGACCGGGGUUAGAGCUUUUAUUUUAAAUGUAUUUCUUCACAUAUGGCAUCAGAUUAUUUUUGAGAUGUUUGCCACAGAUCUAUAUAUAUAUAUAUAUAUAUAUAUAUAAAUGUAUAAUAUGCCUCAAUUUCAGUCUGAUUAGAAUGUAUUUUCAAACUAGAAACAAAAAGGGCAAACGUUUACAAAAAUGAGAUUUUAAUAAGUAAAUAUUACUUAAGAGUAUAGAUUUUUGAAUUUCUAAUUAAGAAAUAAAAUUCUAUGAUGUAUUGAAUAAAUGCUAUAUUUUUCCUUGUAAUUUGGAUGGAUAUCCCCCUGCCCCCCUCCUGGUCACAGAUGAGUCCUUUGGUUGAACUCUCACAGCAUUGGGACAGCAUCACAAUCCAUAAAAAAAAAACAAAAAAAUGAAUAGGUUGUAUUUGAAAAAUAUUUCUAUGUACAUUCAUUGCGUAUGUUUUAAUUUACAUUUUGUACUGACUUAAUGGCGCUUGUACUGUACUUUAAAUCUUAUUGUGAAUAAGGGCAUGCGCUGUGCUACCGUGGAUCGAUUAUGUCCUGAAUAUCUUUUUGCAUCCGGCUUUUUGUCCUCGUGUAACGGAAGUACAAUAACCCCUCUCUGUGGCUGAACAGUCAAGUGACUCAUUCAGAGAGCACACUGCCAUGUGGACAUCGGACAUCAUGUAACAUUGCACUUAACCUCUUUUGCACUAAUUGGUAAGAAUGUUUUUGUAACCUGAUAACCCAAAGAAGUUGAAUGAAGCCAUUACUAAGAAAUGUGAGACUUAGAUAUACUUUAUACAUAUGUAGGUGAUUAUGUAGUUAUUAGGCCAUUUAAGGCAUUGAGUGCCCCCUAGUGUCUGUUUUAAUAAAGUCAAAGAGCGAUUUCAUUUAA